AUGAAGUGCUGGCAGCUGAUGUUCGGGCUUUGUUGCCACAGCAUCCUCGCAGUGACCAGCAGCAUCAAAGCUGAUGGAGUUAUUUGCACGACUGACUUGAUGAAAAACAUUACUUGUGUCUGGAAUAUCACUGCUAUUCCUUUGGGAACGUUCAAAAGCAACUACAACCUGACUUUUGUGGGCGGAACGACGGCGUCCUGUCCAGUUGUGUUGAUGAACGACAUUUAUCGCUGUGACUGUGAAGUCAACAACAGAAACUUAAUCUGGGCUGACAUUGAUUCAUAUGAAAUUAAACUUUGUAAUAAGUCUCACUGUGAGCUUUUAAAGUCUACAUUUACUCUAUAUAAAAACAUUCAGCUGAAACCGCCUCCUGAGCUCGUGGUCCAAGAAACAGCAGAGACCAUCAACAUCACAUUUGAAAGUCGCUAUGCUGAGCAUCCCUACGUUACAGAUUUACUUGACUAUGAAAUCUUACUUCAGACACCGCAAGGCAACAAAACUUUUCCUGUCAGAUCGCCUAAGACGUUUGGAUCUAUUGAACGGAAAGUGCUGCUCAACCAUGCUAAAUAUUGCCUUAAAGCAAGAUAUUUGAUCAGUUUAGAAGAACCAGGUUAUGAAGGAACUUGGAGCGAAUGGAGUAAACCAAUAUGCUUGGAAAACCAAGAAGAACAGGAAGCUGUCUUAUUCAUCUUGGCCAAGUCUCUGGUCCCAGUAUGUGGGGCUGUUGGAGUCCUGCUGUUUCUAUACUACAGUCCAGCUGCGAGAAUGAAGAUAAAAACUCUGUCCCACACGCCGUCGCCGGCCCCUUUCUUUCAGCCUCUGUAUCAGCAGCAUAAAGGGAAUCUUCAGGAAUGGCUUUCACCUGACGGCAAAUUUGUCCUAACGGGCAAAGCUGAUGAGAUCAUCAUAAGUGAUGCUGUGACUGUUGUGCCAAAACCCAUCACAAAGGACCCAGAAGAGAGCCAGGCCUUCCUAAACCCUCCAGUAAUCCAACUGGCAUUCCCUCAGUGCCCAGCCUCCUACGUUGGCCUGCCUGGGAUGGAUAAGGCUCCCCCCACAGUAGCUAUUGUGUGUCCAGCUAACUCUUCCUACACUCAGCUCCCCUGCUCCGUCUGGGCAGUCAGCACUGGAGAAGCAGAGGUUGUCUCCUCUCCACCUGAAGAUAUCUUAGAGAUCAGCUGUGCUGACUCUGGUUGCAGCUUCGAAGAUGUGACACAAAGCCCAGAGUGCAGUUUACCAAGCAGCCCUGUUGAUGGUAUUCCAUCACCGUGUUACUGUACUGAUUACUGCAUUCUCAACAAAACAGCUGAAGGUGUCGUUCCUGUGUUACUGUCUAAAGAGAACAGCGUAGAGGUUCCAGCUGAGUCCCAGCAGGAGGCUGAGACUUAA